CACCACCACCAACCACCACCACCACCACCACCAACCACUACCCCCACCCCCACCACCACGAUGUUGCCCUGGCACGGAGCUCUUCUGCUGCCCCUCUUCCUGCUGCUCUCCCUGCCCUGGCUGCCCCCUCGCUGCGCCCGUGCCGGUCAGCUGCCCAUCUCGGAAGGGCAUCACCACCACCAUCACCACCACCACCAUCACCACCGUCACCACCACCAGCACCACCAUCACCGUCGUCAAGGUGAUGUGGCAGCAUCACCAGCGAACUCGUCCUCCUCCUCCUCCUCCUCGUCGUCGUCGUCGUCCACGUGGCCGCUCGCCGGACACGUGCUGCACGUGGCUGACACGGCGUGGGGUCGCCUCGGGCAAGCGCCGGGGGCUAGACAGUGGGAGCAGCGUCCGAGCGGGAGGAACGCUUCGAGGUGGAGCCGCGCCGCGGGGAGUUCGCGCAGGCGACGUUAUCUGAGCGAGGUGGACCGUGCGGGCAUCGUGGCCAUGCACAACAAGCUGAGGGCCUUCGUCAGCCCGGCCGCCUCCAACAUGGAGUACAUGGUGUGGGAUGAGGGAUUGGCCAAGAUGGCUGCCGAUUGGGCCGGUAAGUGCGUCUGGGAGCACGGCCCUAGCCGCCUCAUGGACUACAUCGGACAGAACCUGGGCGUCUACUGGGGCAGGCCCCGCCCGCUGACGUACCACGUGCAGAGCUGGUACGACGAGGUGGCCUGGUACUCGUACCCCGGCUCGGGGGACUGCGAUCCGUCCUGCCCCUUGCACUGCACGGGGCCCGUGUGCACGCACUACACGCAGCUGGUGUGGGCGACCACGAACCGCAUUGGCUGUGCGGUGCAGUUCUGCUACAACAUGAAUGUUUGGGGCAACAUGUGGGAGAAGGCGCUGUACCUCGUGUGCAACUACUCGCCCAAGGGGAACUGGAUGGGCCAAGUUCCCUACCGCCGAGGUCGGCCCUGCUCCCAGUGCCCCCCAAGCUAUGGUGGCCGCUGCAAGAACAACUUGUGCUUCCCGGAAGCCGACGGCGACACUAGCAACUGGAAGGACGACCCCGUCGCCGGGGGGCCUUGCCGUGGUAUCAGCGCAGCCCCCCCCCCACGCAACUGCGCGCGCGAGGGCCCCCGCGGCAUUCCCGGACCCGCCCCCCCCCACCCCUCCCGGGCCACGGGGCCUAGCCGACCGUCCCAGCGCACGGACACCGCGCAAGGCCGGGGCUGGCCUGGAAGGGGGAGCAGACGCGCCGGGCCUGGGGCCACGGGAUCACCGCGGCGAUGGCCACCCUCCGCCAACCGACGUCACGGCGGCAAGCUCGCGACACGAUGGAGCCGCCGUCCCGUCGACCCCAUCGCGAGCAACCCAAAGAAAGCGACCGCCCUCCCGCUUCCGGCGAAGCCUCGGGCAAAUUGACGACCCUCGUGCCGGCGUCGCUGAUCGCCACCCUCUCACCGACGCCCGCCCGCCCCGCGGACAUCAGCGUGCGCUCACGGCCCGUCCUCUGGCCGGCCACGAUGCACCAGGCCCAAUCUGCGGGCGGCCGCUGCCACCCUUCCCCGGCGGUCGCGUGGCAUCGCUCAAUUCACGGCCCGUUUCAGCUGGGGCACCCCUGUGGUGGCUCCUCACCCCCCUGGCGAGUGCACGUGAGAGGCGCGCUGCCUCGGGGCAGGGUUUCUCAGGACUCCGUUUGAGCGUUCAGUGUUGAAGGCCGAGGCUCGUGGAGCCAGACUAAGGAGACUUUAGAUUUCGUAGGGUUCAGGCUCCCGUGAGCAAGACUCAAUGGAUGCCAGACUAAGGCUCUCUAAGGGUUUUUUUAUGGUUGUAUCUUAAAGCCCGAGGCUCGUGGAGCCUGACUAAGGAGACUUUAGAUUUCGUAGGGUUCAGGGUCCCGUGAGCAAGACUCACGGAUGCCAGACUAAGGCUCUCUAAGGGUUUUUAUGGUUUUAUCUUAAAGCCCGAGGCUCGUGGAGCCUGACUAAGGAGACUUUAGAUUUCGUAGGGUUCAGGGUCCCGUGAGCAAGACUCACGGAGACCGGACUAAGGCCCUUGACGGUUCCUUAUGGUCUCGUGUUAAAGCCUGAGGCUCGUGGAGCCAGACUAAGAUACUUUAGAUGCUGUAAGGUUCAGCGUUCGUGAGCAAGACUCACAGAGCCAGACUAAGGCUGUCUAAGGUUUAUCGUGGUCUCGUGUUAAAGGCUGAAGAUCAGAGUGCCAGGCUAAUUAUGCGUUAGAUGUCUUAGGAUUCAGUGUUAGUGACUCGUAGAGCCAGACUAAGGUUCCCUUGGGUUCCUUAUCGUACUCUUUGGUUCUAUUCGGUAAAGUCACGUGGGUAAAAGAUGAAACAACAAAAAUCACGACGUUUUGGCCACAACACAAGUGGCCUUC